AUGUAAAAAAUUUAUGAUGAUUAUAAGAGAUUUCAAAUGGACCUUGAAUUUGUUUAAAUGUUGGCCAGUCCCUCUUAUAUUCAUUAGCUUGCAAUAAAAGAUUAUUUUUAAGAUGAUCAAUUUAUCAAUUACUUAGAAUACUUAUAAUACUUUAAGAGACCUGAAUUUUUGAAAUACAUCAGAUAUCCUGUAUGUAUCAAAAUGUUAGAUUGUUUAUAAAAUGAAGAAUUUAGAAGGUAAUUUAUUAAAAAUAUUCAAUAGACAAAUGAAAAAUUGGAAUUUUGCUGAUAAAAUAGCCCAAUAAAUUGAAGUGACAUUUUAAAUAUUAAAAGAUAAAUGA